GGAUCACACAACAAUAAUGAAUGGAAACACAUCGUAGCCAAGUAAGAAAGUCAAGCAGCGACUUCUCAAGUGCUGCUCGCGAUUUAGAAAAGCGGAAACUUGGGCCCGUGGCGGAAAGCAGUACCGAAGAAGAGCGGACUGGAAACGCAUGAAUAAAUGGCAUUUGGAUUGAGCACAACGAGACUACUGCACUGUCGGUUUUUACAUGGGAGAAUUGGAACCUUUGGAUUUUUACGUUGAUCGCAUCACUGGAAUAGUCGAGAGGUUUUUAUUCUUUUGUCUUGGAUUAACUUUAAAUAGUUUUUACAAAGUGUAAGUGUAAGAAAGAGGAUACGACAAGGCUGUGAAAAGCAAAAUGGGUAAUAUUGAAAGUGUGGACGGCCAGUCAGAGAUGAAGCAUCACAUUCUGCCCCUGAAGGUGCCCAUGCCGGACCCCACCGAGCUGGAGGAGAAGUUCGCCAUCGUUUUGAACUCUAUGAACCUGCCUCCAGACAAAGCCCGGCUCCUCAGGCAAUAUGACAAUGAGAAGAAGUGGGACCUCAUUUGUGACCAGGAAAGGUUUCAAGUGAAGAAUCCACCUCACACUUACAUCCAGAAAAUACGAGGCUACUUAGACCCCGGUGUCACCAGAAAGAAGUUCCGCAGGAGGGUACAAGAGUCCACCAAAGUCUUGAGGGAACUGGAGAUAUCUUUGAGGACAAACCACAUUGGGUGGGUGAGGGAGUUCCUCAACGAUGAGAACAGAGGCCUUGAUGUCUUGGUGGAGUACCUCUCCUUUGCCCAGUGUGCUGUCAUGUUGGAUUUUGAGGGGCUGGAGAAUGGGGAGGAUGGCUUCAUGGAGAAGGCAAAAUCUUGGAGCAGGUCCAUAGAGGAUUUGCAUCCUAUGAGCACUCAGCCCUUCUGCAACACAUUGGUGCGAUCGGCACGCCAGUCUGUCAUGCGCUAUGGCUCAGUCACCAGCAGUAAAACCAUCAAGAACUCCCGACUUGUCAGCCAGAAGGAUGACGUGCAUGUGUGCAUCAUGUGCUUGAGAGCCAUUAUGAACUACCAGUAUGGCUUCAAUAUGGUCAUGUCUCAUGCACAUGCAGUCAAUGAAAUUGCUCUCAGUCUGAACAAUAAGAGCUCACGGACAAAGGCCUUGGUUCUUGAGCUGCUGGCUGCCGUCUGCCUCGUUCGAGGAGGUCACGAGAUCAUCCUGUCAGCGUUUGACAACUUCAAAGAGGUCUGUAAGGAGAAGCAUCGUUUCGAGCGCCUGAUGGAUUUCUUCCGCAGUGAGGAGGGAAACAUCGACUUUAUGGUUGCUUGCAUGCAGUUCAUCAACAUCGUGGUCCACUCAGUGGAGGACAUGAACUUCAGAGUCCACCUGCAGUUCGAAUUCACCAAGCUCGGACUGGAUGACUAUCUGGAGAAAUGUAAGCACACCGAGAGUGACAAGCUGUCGGUGCAGAUCCAGGCCUACCUGGACAACGUGUUCGACGUGGGUGGUCUGCUGGAAGAUGCCGAGACCAAAAAUGCAGCACUGGAAAAGGUGGAGGAACUGGAGGAGCACCUGUCUCAUGUGACAGAAAAGCUUCUGGAGGUUGAGAAUGAAACGAUGAUGAAGGUGGCUGACUUGGAGAAGGUGCUCCUCCAGAAAGAUAAAGAUCUUCAAGCAAUACGGGAGACGUACGAGUCGACCAACACGCAGGUCAACACCCUCAGGAGGGUGCUGAAGGAGAAGGACGCCGCCUUCCAGAGGCACUUCAACAUUGAGAAGCGGCUUCUGGAGCUGGAGCAGCAAGGCACCAUCCGCCUGCACAAGAAGCCCGAUGGAGACAUCACCAUCGUGCCGCUCGGCGUGGGCGGCACGGCCGCAGUGGCGGGCGCUGGCAGCGGCGGCGGCGACCUUGCCAUCCCCCUAGCCGAUAUUGGGAAGCUCCCUUUGGCUUCGGUCUCAGCCGUAUCGGAAGCAGGGGUACUGGAUCCCAGUUUGCCCCCGGCCAGUGAAGCUCCACCCCCGCCACCUCCACCACCUCCGCCUCCUCCUCCGCUUCCUUCUGCCACAGGCCGCCUCAAUGCACCACCACCACCCCCUCCGCCUCCUCUCGCUCCUCCUCUGCCCGAAGCUUCUCCUUCGGUCAUCCUGAGUGUGGGUCUCUCGGCCAUUCGAAUCAAGAAGCCCAUCAAGACUAAGUUCCGCCUUCCAGUGUUUAACUGGACCGCCUUAAAGCCCAAUCAGAUCAACGGCACCGUUUUUAAUGAAAUUGAUGAUGAACGGGUGCUCGAAGAACUGGAUUUGGAGAGGUUUGAGGAGCUGUUUAAAACACGUGCGCAAGGUCCGAUUGUGGAUCUGACGUGCACAAAGAGCAAAGUUGCUCAGAAGACGGUCAACAAAGUGACGCUACUGGACGCCAACCGCUCCAAGAACUUAGCCAUCACGCUGAGGAAGGCAAACAAGACCACAGAGGAGAUCUGCAAAGCCAUUGAGAAAUUUGACCUGAAGGCCUUACCGGUGGACUUUGUGGAGUGCCUGAUGCGCUUCCUACCCACGGAAGCAGAGGUCAAGGUCCUACGUCAGUACGAACGGGAGCGGCGUCCACUGGACCAGCUGGCCGAUGAGGACCGCUUCAUGCUCCUGUUCAGCAAGAUUGAGAGGCUCACGCAGAGGAUGAACAUCAUCACCUUCGUCGGGAACUUUGCCGACAACGUCAACAUGCUCACGCCGCAGCUCAACGCAAUCAUCGCCGCUUCCGGUUCGGUCAAGUCCUCGCUAAAGUUAAAAAGAAUGCUCGAGAUUAUUCUCGCCUUGGGCAACUAUAUGAAUAGCAGCAAGCGAGGGUGUGUCUAUGGCUUCAAAUUGCAAAGUCUUGAUCUGCUGCUGGACACCAAGUCCACAGACAGGAAAAUGACGCUGCUCCACUACAUAGCUCUCAUUGUGAAGGAGAAAUAUCUGGAGCUGGCCAAUUUCUACAAUGAACUGCACUUUGUGGAUAAAGCUGCAGCAGUGUCACUGGAAAAUGUUCUGCUGGAUGUGCGGGAGCUGGGAAAAGGCAUGGAGCUGAUCCGGAGAGAAUGUAGUCUCCAUGACCACUCGGUCCUUAAGGGCUUUGUCCAGGCGAGUGACGCCCAGCUGGAUAAGCUGCAGAGGGAUGCCAAGACAGCAGAGGAAGCCUUCAAUCAUGUGGUGAACUACUUUGGAGAGAGCGCCAAGACCACUCCACCGUCUGUGUUCUUCCCCGUGUUUGUGCGCUUUAUCAAGGCCUACAAGGAUGCCGUGGAGGACAACGAACAAAGGAAAAAGCAGGAGGAAGCCAUGAGAGAAAAGUUACUGGCUCAAGAGGCUAAACAGCAUGGCCCGAAGGUGCAGUCCCAAAAGAAGAGGCACCAGCAGCAGGAGCUGAUUGCAGAGCUGCGCAAGCGGCAGGCCAAAGACCACCGGCCCGUGUACGAGGGCAAGGACGGCACCAUUGAGGACAUCAUCACAGUACUGAAGAGCGUGCCAUUCACAGCCCGCACGGCUAAACGCGGCUCACGGUUCUUCUGUGAGGCCAACCUCUGCGACGAUGCCAACUGCUAGCCCCUCCCCCUUUAACGCCAAGGUUGUCCAGAUCUGAGAAACCAGCCUUACCUGCGAGCUGAUGCCUUGAUCCGGAACGGUUGGAAGAGACCCUAAACCACUUAUUGAUCACUUAUACUUCCCCCUCCCUUUGCCCUAACCAUCCUGGCCGUGUUGCCGACCCUGGGACCGCACAUCACAAAGACUGAAAAUAAAGGUGGUGGGGGGGGGGGGGGGUUCAGAACAGAGGCCUUGUUUUAGCUGGCUAAUUUAUUUAUUUAUGAAGGCCUUUUUACAGCCAUUUUAAAAGAAGUGGAACGUUCACUUCUAGACUUUCCUCCUCCGCUCUGGUUGAGUAGGCCAGUGAGAGGAUGUGGAAUGCAGCAGCAGUGAGCUGAUGCACGCGCAUCUUUGGAACGCCACAUGGACAUGGAGUUGAUGCAGCUUUUGGGAUAUUUUUUCGCAAAGACUUGUAAGAAUAAUUCCAAUGAUAUUGUAUGAGACACUCGAGGAACCCUCACCAGAGGCCAUUUCGUAUGUGUGCUUAUUAUUGGCAGUUAUAUGCAUUUAUCUGGACAAUUCUGCGAUGUAAAACAAACAAA